GUCGCGUACUCCCCCGCCAUCUCCUCCCUCUCCGCAUCAUUCGACAGCGCGAUACUCGCCGCCAACCCCAACGCCAAGCUCUCCGUCACCUACUUCUCGCCCCUCGCGUCAGUCUCCUUCGCGCCCUCCUCCCCGAUCGCGGUCGCCUCGCUCGCGCCAUUCAGCCAGGGGCCCGGCAACACCACCACGCUCGCCUUCCGCCUCGUCGUCGACGACGCCUACGUGGGGCCCGACGACGCAGCGCCGCUCAAGAGCGGGGGUGGAGGAGGGGGCACGGUCGAGGUCCAGGUCAGGCUCAUGGCCGUCGCGGUCUUCGACAGAGGGGGCUGGCGCACGCGACGGAGGGUCAUGAGGGUCAUGUGCGACGGCGUGCAGGUGGUUUUCCGCGGGAAGAAUUCCACUGAGGCAGCCUUCAAUGGGCCGCCAAGGCGGUGUGAUGUCGUGUUGUGAAAAGGAUCACCAUCCAUGUUUGUUGACUACCUGGGAUGCUGAUCAGAGGGAGAUCAUUCCAUAGGUAUGAGAAGCUAACUGGCACUACAAGAAGUUGAUCAACAUUGAUUUGAUGGGGUAAUAGCUGGGCAAAUAUAGCUGGCUGUAGUAGAAUACCGAGCGAGAGAAGUCCAGAAUGAUUAUGCUUAGUGGGAAUAUGACCUUUGUAUCUAUGAUGGUUUCAGUAUGAGUGGUUGUGCAAAUUUAUGGCAAGAAUGUUUGUGCAUGGUGGUUAUUCUACACGGUGUGGGGGGUUCAGGGAACUUUGUACAUUGAGUUAGUGCUUGAAAACAAGCUCUCUGGUUACAUGGAGAUGGAUGCCGGAUUGUCACUCAUAGUGCCCAUUUGCUGUCCUGUUCAUGUGCGUCACCUUCCUUGCACCAGGAAGACUACAUUGUCCCUGAAUACAGCAACUGUGGUUUGAAGAGUUGGUUUCUUGCAUUUGCAUAGAGCUACAACUUCACAUGUUAACACCAUUGAUCUAAUUGAUUUGGAGAGAUGGUUCCGUUGUUCAUCUAA